AUGAAAAACCCUCGUGAUGAUGCAAUUCUCCCUAUGGAUCUCGUGAUGAAAAUCUUGUCACGGCUAUCCGUGAAAACCCUCAUGAAAUUCGUGAGUGUUUGCAAGUCAAGGAAAUCACUGAUUAUCAAUGAUCCAUCAUUCGCGAAACUACACCUCAAUAGAUCUCCUAAAAACACACACAUUCUCCUUGUUAUAGAAGACGAGCCAUACGUAUUUGAAAAUGCUGAAAGUUGGGUUGUUCCAUGCUUUAUGCGUUUCUUGAUGGACGAUCCGUCGUCCAUGAUCAACGUUGAAGGGUGCUACCAUUUGAAGGGAAAUCAUUUGGUAAUUGGCUCUUGUAAUGGAUUGGUUUGUUUGGGCAACUUUUAUGAUGUUGGCCCAAUUGAAGAAUUUUGGGUUCAACUUUGGAAUCCAGCCACACACAUGAUGUCUAAGAAGUCACCAACCUUUCAUCUGAGCAUGCGAACUUCAGUGGAUGCUUCGCGGGGUAAGGUGAAUAUGGGGUUCGGCUAUGAUAAUUCACAUGAUAGUUACAAGGUGAGUACAAAUUUAAAGUCCAUCCCCUUUGAAUAUAAUUAUUUGAGAAUUCAUAAUAGUAUAUGA